AUGGCCUCCACCGCGCUCGAGCUCGCGCGACGCGCGCACGAAGACAUCGAGCGGCUCGAACGUCGCGCGUGUCGCGCGUUAACCUCCGAGAGCGCGUCGGCGACGCAUAAAGGGCGGUUAACCGCGAACAGACUCGCGAGCGGACUCGUGGAGGCGGCGGCCGAUCGAGCCAAACGAUUGCGCGCGGUGUAUGAUGACGCGGACGGGUCGAUGGCGGAGGAGAAGGCGUCGAUGGGGGAUGGCGAGGACGCGCGAAUGGCGCUGCGGGCGUUUUACGAGGCGGUGAAGCGGACGCGGGCGUCGUACGAGGGACGCGAGAGCGACGUCGCGAACGAUGGGGAGGCGUUUCUCGAUGAGAUUGAGCAGAGCUUGGAAGAUCCGAGCGCGGCGUUCAGCGGUGAGGAAAAUCUUGGGAGAUGUCUGGAUCUGCACGAGUCGCACGCGACGUUCUCAAACGCGACGUUCGGCGAGCGGUGCGAUUACUCCCAGUACCUGGCGCGGUGCGGGGACUUUGCGUCGAUCGCGCGAACGAAAAAGUUUCGCUCGGCGUACACGGAGUAUCUCGACGCCUUGCUCGCGUAUCUCGUAUCGUUUCAUGAGCGCGCGAUGCCGCUGCAGUUUGUCGGCGAGGCGCUCGAGCGAGACGCCGAGGCGUUCGAGGCGAGGUGGACAAAGGGAGAGUGCGUGGGAUGGGAAGACAGAGGCGUUCGCGCCGUGGACGAGAAGAUGAUGAAAUCUAGCUCGGCGGAUCUCUCGGCGUUCUCGUCGAUCGAGGAAAUGCGCGCGGCGCUCGACGUGGACGGGGUGAAGAGCGCGCUCGAGUCCAUGGGGCUCAAGGUGGGCGGGACGCCCGAGCAGCGCUGCGAGCGUCUGUGGAGCGUCAAGGGGAAGAAGCUGAGCGAGAUCGAUAAAAAGCUCUUCGCCAAGGGCGUCGUCGUCGACUUAAAGAAGAAAUCAUCCAAGGGCGACGACGUGGCAAAGGCGGAGGCGCGCGCGAAGAUGGUCGCGCGCAAGGAGAGCCAGUGCGCCGAGGCGUUGCGGCUUUUGGGCAAGCAACUCGACGCCACGCGCACGAACGUGGAGAAGAAGUCCACUUUAUCCCUCGCCGAGCUCCAAGCCGAGGCCGAGGAGGACGAUGAUUUCAGCGACGCCGAGACGGACGAGGAGGAGGAGAUUUACAACCCGCUCAAGCUCCCGCUCGGAUGGGACGGAAAGCCAAUCCCGUACUGGCUGUACAAGCUCCACGGAUUGAACAUGGAGUACACGUGCGAGAUCUGCGGGAACUACAGCUACUGGGGCCGAAGAGCGUUCGAGCGUCACUUCACCGAAUGGAGACACCAACACGGCAUGCGAUGCCUGAAGAUUCCCUACACCAGAGCCUUCAACGAAGUCGUCUCCAUCGCCGACGCGCGCGCGUUGCACGCGAAUUUAUCCCAACGCGACGACGGCUCCUUCGACGUCGCCCUCGACGCCGAGGUCGAAGACACCCACGGCAACGUGUACAACAAAAAGACCUACGAGGAUCUCAAGCGUCAGGGUUUACUGUAA